UAUAAAGCACCAUCGAUAACAUAUAUCUUCACCAUCUAUAACGCAACGGCCACAUUAAAAGGGCCUUAUUUAUAGAAAAAUUUAAUUCUAUUCGUUAAAUUCCCAAUAGUUUUGAAGGAAACCAAUGACCGGCGUGGAUCCAGGUGUGUGUACUGUGUCCUCCUCUGUGCAAAGCAUAUUUUAGAGCCGCCGGCAAACUAACAACAUCAGAAGGCGACAAUCUUGCACAAUCGCUAGCCGAGCCGUUGCCAGGAAAUAAAGGAGCUCCCGCAGGAUGGCCGAAGCAAUGGUGGUGGAGGAUCGGUCCGCGGAGUCCAAGCGUUUCUUUUGCCACUUGUGCAACGUGGAGAUCAACAUUCCCAACUCGGACUUCACCUGCCCGCUGUGCGCCGAUGGUUUCGUAGAGGAGUUGCCGGCGAAUGCACCGGAGAUGGCUUCUUCGGUAGGUGGAGCCCCCAGCACCGCAAGAUCCGGAAGCGGGGGCAGUGGCUCCUCUAGCUCACAUGACACCCUAAGCAGGGGUAGCUCCUCGGGCGGAUCACAGGUGAAUGUUGAAUCGCUGCGUAACGAUAUUGUGUCACUGCUGAACAUGCGGAAUGUACCCAAUUUGGAGAUCACUAUCGAGCCAAACAGGCGACACAGCAAUGUAGUGCAUCUAGGCGGCUUCGGUGGACCCUCGGGCAGUGGCUCUAGCGGCGGCCUGACUGCCGGAGGACGUGUUCGUCCGGCUAACCUGGAUCGUCUUGACAAUGUGCUCUUUGAUUUUCUCCAGAGCCUGCCACUUGCUGGCGCCACCGCCGAAAUUGUGUCCGGACCAGGUGGAGGAGUCGGUGGUGGAGGCAAUUCGCACAUGUUCUUCAUGGGGAACCCCGGCGAUUAUGCGUGGGGCCGCGAGGGACUUGACACCAUUGUCACCCAAAUGCUCAACCAAAUGGAAACAUCAGGACCGCCGCCGUUGUCGGCACAGCGCAUUAAUGAAAUACCCAAAGUGCAGAUCAGUGCGGAGGACGUGGAACGUAAGAUUCAGUGCUCCAUAUGCUGGGAAGAUUUUAAAAUUGACGAAACGGUACGAAAGCUACCGUGCUCGCACCUGUACCACGAAAACUGCAUCGUGCCAUGGCUAAACCUGCACAGCACCUGUCCCAUCUGCCGAAAAUCACUGGCAGACGAAGGCAGCGAUGCCGACGACGAGUUUGUCAUGCUUGAUGGAUUUGGCCCGGAAACAGGAGGCGAUGGCAGCUCCGCUAGGAGCUCGGCCAGCACCGCCACAGGAACGGACAAUACUUCUCCGGCUAAUAACAGCAGCACUCAGACCGCGACGGAAAGUGGCCAAGCACGACCGGAGGCCACUAAUCGUGCCCAAUCAACACCACGCAACAAUGUCUUUACCUUUGACGACGAGAACAUGUUUCUGGACUAACUGAGAAAGAGAGAUAGUGAAACGAAGUGGAGGAAUGUUCGAUUGAUAUUCAAAAUUAAGCCAAAUAUUGGCAACGGCUUAGGCAGUUUAGCCCUAAAAUAUAAUUAAUCAUAUAUUUAUAAUAGUUUCUCCUCACGCUUAAUUUUGUUGUUGUUCAGAAUAACGAUUUGUAAUAAACAACACGGAAUUCACAUAAAAUUCCGUUGGCUCUGCAAAAAUCAACUACUGUUGAUCGUUAACUGCUUGUAAUUUAAAUGCUUAUUUAUUCUAUAUAUUUAUAUAAUGUAAAUAGGCACUGACUGAGCAGUGUUUACUUCGAGAAGAUAAUUUUAUUGAGAUAAUACAUACUGCUUUAACAUACAUAAAUAUGUAAUAAUUAAACAAAAGAAGCUUGUAAUACUGUUGUCUGUGAAAAACUUUCUAAAAUAAACAUUCACGAUUGUAGUUUA